UGAAAGAACGCCCAAGAUACAGGUCAACGAAGUUAAUUCACCCGAAAGUCACGACGAAGAAUAUUACGAGGAUGAAAUUUCUCCAUCGAGUGUUUCGGAAAAAAUGGACGACGAUGUGACCAUUUUAAAAGCAAGAAACGCCGCAAAAAAGUGUUUCGAUGAAGACGAGACAUUUAUUAAAAAAGAAGCAAUUGCCGAAUUCUUAGGCGGAAUAAAACCUUUAAACUCCAGAGCGUUGAAGUUCUAUAUGGAAUACUUUAAUUUUUCAAAUUUAAAAUUAGAUAUGGCAUUCAGACGAUUGUGCGAGAAACUAUACAUAAAGGGGGAGACGCAACAAGUGGACCGCAUUUUAGAAGCAUUUUCUAAACGAUAUUGGGAAUACAUAGUUCACGCUAUUGCAUAUUCCAUCCUUCUGUUGAACACCGAUCUUCACAUCGCUCAAGUGUCCAGCAAGAUGUCACGUGUGCAAUUCAUACGGAACACCAUGGCGACCGUUCACGAGGCUAAUACAGCGCAAGUUAACAACAAUGAUAUAUCUGAAGACGAUCAGAGCACCAUAACGUCCUUAGAGACAAAUACAACGCCGACUACUACUCGUCCGCGUCGCAGCAGUAGCAUCAAAAGUUGGCUUGGUAAUCCCAAUUCGAGUGUGACGAACUUGUCGUUCGCGGUGAAUGGUUCUUCGCGGCAAUGGGAGUCAGAAUUGGAAAAUCUUUUAAAAGACAUGUAUAACUCUAUUAAAUCAAAUCAGAUACUACUGCCACUUUUGUCGGAUGUUGAAAAACCAUCUAGUCCUCCUCCCUCGGGUUUGCACCGCAGUCUUAGUCAUUCGGGCUACCCGAACACUAGACUUAACACCCUCAUUGCAAAGGCACGAAGAAUUUCUCCAAGCCCAAGUGUAAUAAGCGGAGGAAGUGAUAUUAGCGGCGGAAAUGAUAGUCAGGCAAGAUCAGGACCGUCUUCGCUUUCUCUACGUCGCACAUCAUCAUGUGAGACAGAAAUCACAACGGCAAUAACGGAGGAAGAAUGUGAAGAUGACAAAGCAUCAGUCACGGAUUCUAUUGAUACUGACGAAUCAUUGGAAUUAUACCUGUCCGGUGCUCCAUACGCCAAAGAAGGAUUGUUGAUUCGAAAGCAUUCCCGGGAGUCGACAAACAAGAAGGCAAAAGACAGGAGCUGGAAAGAAUGCUUUGUAGUCGUUGAAAAGGGUGAACUUCGAAUGUUUAAAUUUGACACUCAGUCUUCCCGCGGUUCUACUAGAAUAGGGGCAAUCGGUGGAGGAAAUUGGAUGGCGAAUGCAACAGUCAUGGGACAGGUUGAUCUUUGCCACACAAUCACGAACGCACUGCCGCCACCUGGCUACAAUCGUGAUCGUCCUUUUGUGUUUGCUCUUUUAACGAGUAACGGCGGUCUUUAUUUCUUUCAAGCUGGUACUGCCGAAUUGGUAGAUGAGUGGGUAUCAACAUGCAAUUAUUGGGCAGCUAGGUCAAGUAAAGAGCCAUUGCCGGGAGGUGUUAGCAAUAUGGAAUACGGAUGGGGAAGAUGUUUUGAACAAAAUAAUGACGCUAGCGAGUUCGAAGAUUCUAGAAGUGUAAUGAGUGACCCUCGUAGUGUAGUGAGUAACGUUUCAUCAUACAACAGCGAUCGUAUUUUUGUUAGCGAGUGGAAAAUACCGAUACCACCUUCGGUUCCAAGUAAUCAUGAUGAGGCAUCACAACUAGCGGCUCUGCAAAAAUACAGAGACGACCUUGAGAACGAGUUGAACGAACACAAGGGUUUUUGGGAUCCUAUGUCAAAACUUUUUAAUCCGCGUGACCCGAAUUAUGCAAAAGCAGUCGCUAAUUGGGAAAAGAAGUCACAAUGGUUAUUGUAUGAAAUUGUCAAAUACACCACAUACAUAGAAUCUAUUGAACGCUCUAUAGCACGUAAAGCUGAAAUGAAGAGGGCCAAAAUGAAAAAUGCCGAAGCUGUAGAUGAAUCAAACAAAGGAAACAAUAAUUCUACAUCGGGUUCCACGGACGAAGGUAACGAGAAGGAACCAGAUCCUUCAGAAUCAAAGGAUCGCACAAAAUUAUCGAUUCAAAGAGCCACAUGGACCCCGGGUGAUGGUUACAGCCUCAAUCUACCAAAAGAGUUGCUAUUUGAUGACGCGAUGGACGAUGCAGAUGACGGUGUAAUCAAUGAUAACUUUAUUGGAAUUGAAGCAGCGUUGACGGCGGCUAGAAAUCGAACGAAUAAGAAUAAAUCGGCAGCACAUCUUUUGACAGAAACAAAUCAUCUGUAG